AUGCGUUGUGCAGACCCCACCGCCCUCUGGUACUUCGAUCCUUUGAGGAACGAGUAUUUCUUCGACAGGAACCGACCCAGUUUCGACGCCAUCCUCUACUACUACCAGUCAGGCGGGAGACUGCGUCGGCCAGUUAAUGUCACUCUAGACAUCUUCUCUGAGGAGAUCCGCUUCUAUGAACUGGGAGAGGAGGCCAUGGAGAUCUUCAGGGAGGAUGAGGGCUUCAUUAAGGAAGAAGAGCGUCCUCUCCCGGAGAAUGAGUUUCAGAGACAGGUGUGGCUGCUGUUCGAGUAUCCGGAGAGUUCCGGCGCGGCCCGUAUCAUCGCCAUCAUCAGCGUCAUGGUGAUCCUGAUCUCUAUCGUGUCCUUCUGCCUGGAGACACUCCCCGUGUUCCGGAACGACGAAGAGGACGAUGGCAACAAGGUGUUCCAGCCCUUCAACAACUCCACCUCUUCUUACACGUCUUCCUACUUCACUGAUCCCUUCUUCAUCCUGGAGACGCUCUGCAUCAUCUGGUUCUCCUUUGAGUUCCUCGUCCGCUUUUUCGCGUGUCCUAGUAAAGCCGGGUUCUUCGGUAACAUUAUGAAUAUCAUCGAUAUUGUGGCGAUUAUUCCAUAUUUCAUCACGUUGGGCACAGAGCUGGCAGAGAAACCGGAGGACGGGCAGGCUGGGCAGCAGGCCAUGUCCCUGGCCAUCCUCAGGGUCAUCCGUCUAGUCAGGGUAUUCAGGAUCUUCAAGCUGUCCAGACAUUCCAAGGGGCUCCAGAUCCUGGGCCAGACCCUGAAGGCCAGCAUGCGGGAGCUGGGCCUGCUCAUCUUCUUCCUCUUCAUCGGCGUCAUCCUCUUCUCCAGUGCUGUUUACUUCGCUGAGGCCGACGAGGCGGACUCCCAGUUCAGUAGCAUUCCAGAAGCCUUCUGGUGGGCCGUGGUUUCCAUGACCACCGUGGGCUACGGCGACAUGGUGCCCACCACCAUCGGCGGGAAAAUCGUUGGAUCGCUCUGCGCCAUCGCCGGCGUGCUGACCAUUGCAUUACCAGUUCCUGUCAUCGUGUCCAACUUCAACUACUUCUACCACCGGGAGACCGAGGGUGAGGAACAGGCGCAGUACCUGAACACACCCAGCGUGCCCGAGGCCGACUCAGCCGAGGACCUGAAGAAGAGCGGCCGCAGCGGGAGUGGUUCCACCCUCAGUAAGUCAGACUACAUGGAGAUACAGGAAGCUGCACUGAACCACAGCACAGAAGACUUCAGAGCAGAGAGACUCAAGACAGGCAACUGCACGCUGGCUAACACAAACUAUGUCAACAUCACCAAGAUAAGAACGGAAGUAUAG